AUGAGUGAUGCAACGAACGACGUGCUGCUGCCGUCCUUCACAGCCUGCGCAGACCCGAGUCCUGCUGACGACGAAGGCGACCAGGAACGAUGCCUGCAAGCACGAAACGCGAAACGCCGCGUGAGUGAGGCGCCAACAGCAUUCACGUGCGUGACAAACGCAUCACGCCACAGCUCCGACACUUCCGUGUUUACGAAGCUGCCCAAGCUGUCCUUGUCAGGCAACGACGACUCAUCACAGUCGCAGUCGCCCUCCCGUUCGCAGUCGUACUCGCAGUCCACGUCCAUGUAUGGCGGCAGCAAUGACCCAGCGGUGCUCACCCAGUUUGUGCGCACAGAGCAGUGGAUGAUGGCGCCACUCCCAGAGUCAACCCCGCCCUCGUCGCCCAAACACAGCAGCGACAACACCCGUCGCAACGAUGAUGACAGGCACGAUGAAUGCGGCCGUCGUGAGCGCAACAACAACAGGCGUGAGCCAACAGCCGUUUCAGCGGCAGUGACAUCGCCAGGUAUCGCCCCUCCAUCGUACAACCAGCCCGCAGUCACAUACGAAUCCCUGCGCGCAUCGCUGAGGCGCACUGGCGACCAUCGUGACGGUGACGACGACGAUGACAAUGGCAGCGAUGGCAUGCACGUGGCUGACGCGUACGACGAGCCAGUCGACGCCGCCUGCAACAAUAGCCCACUGCAUACACACCCUGCACCGCCACUCCCGGCCCUCCCAGACAUGCUCUUGCCAACGCGCGAGCAGAAGAGCGAUGGCGGUCACGCGACAGCCGCGCCCCCUUCAACGGCACAGCAACGGCGGCUUGUGCGCUCCGCGGCCACCAACGACCUGUCGUGCCUGCAGGCAACGCCAACAGCCGCAGCUUCAGUGCACAUGGAAGGCGGCGAGCACGCAGCCAUCCAGCACCGCAUUGCAGCGGCGGAGGCAUCUGAAUCCGAAUCCUCGCUUGCAUCGUCUUCGCUGUCAUCCCUGCCACCGUGGUCCAGCAUCAUCCUGGCAGUGCCCCCACUCCUGCAGUGGCAGCAGCAGCAGCAGAAGGAGGAGGAACAACAAGUGCACCAACAGGAGCAGCGCGAUGGGUGGGUGACAAGCGCCCACACUGUUGUUGCUGGUGCUGAUGACUUUGAGCACGACGAUGAUCACGUUGACGGGGACAGUGGCGGUGCUGGUGGUGGUAUUCGUGCAGGAUUUGAGGAGCAGGUUCAGCAAACGCGUCGCACCCUUCGCUUUCAACCGGUGUCAGACAAACAAGGUGUGCAGCCGCCACAGCCACCACGUGCGAGUGCCGAGGCCAGCCACGCAAGUGCUGGUAUCAUCCAAGCCGACAUCGUCAACGACAGCAGCAGCAACGGCGCUGUGCACGAUAGCUCAUCUUCACCCCGCCAACACCAGCACCAACAGCCCUGCCAAUCGCUCCACCACCACAGCCACGGCUACAGCCACGACCACGACCACGACCACAACCAACAGCACCGCCAACACAGCCGUCCCAUUGAGCAUGUGAUUGGUGAGCGGCUGGCACACGUCCGCCCUGCUGUGCGAGCAAACCUCUCCACGCUCGCACUCGCCAUCCAGCGCCACACCGCAACACGCACGUGUUCCCCCGCCACGCCCACAGCAACAGGUCGGCAAAGCACGACCACCACGACGACACCGGCACGAAAGACACCUGCAGUGACCAACGCAACGUCGCCUCCCCCGCCACCGCACGUGCAGCUGUCACAGUUCUCGCCGUCGCCGUGCAAUAUGAGAGGCACGCCUGCGACAGACAACACCUCCGUCAGCCGCGUGUGCGCGUAUGCACCGUCCCCAAACGACAUUGGCGGGUUUGGGCGCACGCUUUCCACCCCUCCAACCCACAACCAACGGCCCACCACCCUCGAUCCGAUUGCAGAGGACACUCCAAUCGAUGGCCGUUCCCUCAUGCACUGCAAGCCAAAGUUCGCCGCCUUCCCCGACAUGCGCGAGCUCAUGAUGCAACAGGACCGCCCACAUGCCCAGUUUGUGCCGUUUCGGUACCGAAUGCAGAAGCUUGAGCGACAGCACGCCCGCAGGGGUGUACCCGGUGUUCAGACGUGGUGCGCGCUGUUUGAAAAAGUGUACAAGUGGGCAGAUGGCGUGGCAUCGGCAAUGGUUGCAGGCCAUAGCGAUGGCAUCAGCGGUGCCACGAACUUGGCAGAUGAGCAUGUGGUCACGGUCGAAAACAACGAGAACGCUUGCGAACCAGAAGUGCUGAGCGGCGCAUCUGAGGGUGUGGAACUCGGUCUCAAUGUGCAUGGUGGUGUGAGCGGCAACGCUCAACCACGACAGCGCCCAGCCCAGCCCGUUGCCCUUUAA